AUGAUCAUGAAGCGGGCUUCCCCUAGAUUACAAGCGAAAGCACAAUGGUCCGCGCAAGCGUUACAGCAAGCCAACCCGCGCAACGAACGACGGCUACUUCACGUAUCCAGUCCGCAGCCUCUGACUUGUCACUUUAGACCAAUGUGUCGCACACAUGUCGGGGGAAGGGAAGCUAUUGCCGACGCGUCUUCGGAAGCUCGCUUACGUCAUCCGGGAAGCCGACUUCCCGGGUACUCGAGUACAGAACCGCAUCCUGCUGCACCCACACACCGCACGAGAAGAAACCCACACACCGCGCAAUCUUUUGCCCGGGGAAAAACGACCCCCUCUCGCCCCCUCAAGCCGCGGUUCUCGACGCUGGGAAAUAGUACUAAGAAUACCAGUGACUGUAGCACCACUUCGUCUACGAUUGUGUGGCACCUACUUCUCUCCGUCGAUCAUUGUUCAGUAGCGCGCUACUUUCUCAUUUUCUACUUUCUCGUACUCGCAUUAAUUCCGCCCUUCCCGCUAGUCGCAUAA